AUGGCAGGUAGCCCUGCACAAGUGUUGCAGAUUGAGCCGAAGAAUGAACUGAUAUUUGAAGGUCCUUUCGUCGAUGUAGUAACUUCUUAUAUCAAAUUGACAAAUCCUUUGGACCGAGCCGUCGGGUUUAAAGUCAAGACAACAAUGCCAAAAUGUUAUUGUGUAAAACCAAGCAACGGAUAUAUCGAGCCUCAUCAAACUAUAGAGGUUGCAGUAAUGCUCCAGCCGUUUAGUUACAAUGCCGCAGAAAAGUUUAAUCAUAAGUUUAUGAUUCAGUCUAUCGUUGCUCCUGAUGACCCUCGUCCUACCACAGAGCAGCUGUGGAAGGAUACACCUCAUAGCAAGCUCAUGGACUCACGACUCUUUUGUAUUUUACAUUCGCCUGAUGAGCUUCAUGUUGAACCUUGCCGGGAUUUAGUCUUCGAAGGUCCUUUUGUGAGACCUGUUACAUCUGUUGUGAAACUGACCAACCCUUCUUUGCAGCCCGUUUGCUUUAAGAUUAGCGCAUCGUCCCCAGAUCACUUUUCUGCCACCCCCAGUGUAGGUGUUAUAUCUUCUCAUGAAAAUGUGGAGAUCUCAGUUGUGUUCCAUCCCAAUGAUUUCGACUUUACAGCAAAAAAUCGUGAGAGAAUGUUAAUUCAAUCUGCCGUUGCUUCGGAAGGAGCAGAUCCAAAGAAAGAUCAAACAGCUUUGUUUAAAGAAGGAAAGGUGACGGAUUAUUACCUAAAAUGUGUUUUCAAAAACACAGGCAUUGAGGAAAAAAUAGAAGUUUGCAAACAGCAAAUUGCAUCAUCUAAACCUGUACAUGAUACUAGUGUGACCCAAACAGAUAUUGAGAAGUUAAUGGCUGAAAUAUCUGCUCUUCGCCAAGAAAAUGCUGCACUGAAGGAAUCGGAUCUUCAUUUACGACGUACAGCAGCUAUCUCAGAUACAUGUCGAAUGCCUACUGAAUAUGGUGCUAGAUCCAUGACUGCCAAUGAUGGCCGUCAUCAUAAUCAAAUCAGAGCUGAUACUUUUAGCAAUAUCCCACCGAUUUUAUAUUUAAUCACAGCUUUAAUCAUUGGUCUCUUCUUGGGUCGUUUUGUUCUGUAA